UCCCAGGAAACUGCAAUUCAAUCCAGAGUCAAAAAGUCAAAUUUGACACCCCUUUUCUAAUCAGUUCUUCCUUUCUCUCUCCUCCCCUGCAUACAAACAUCCCGCGGAUCCUCCGAUCUCCCACCCGAAAUUCACAUAGAAAGCAGAGAAAAAACUAACAAUGUGUGGAAUUUUUGCAUACUUGAACUUCAAUGUCAACAGAGAACGCCGUUACAUUCUCGAAGUUCUCUUCAAUGGCUUACGCCGUUUGGAGUAUCGAGGUUACGAUUCCGCUGGAGUUUCAAUUGAUUCUUCUCUUUCCUCUGAUCUCUCCAUUCUCUCUCCUCCUCCCCUUGUUUUUCGCCAGGAGGGUAACAUUGAAUCCCUCGUUAAAUCCGUCUAUCAAGAUGUUGCAGCCACAGAAUUGAACCUAGAGGAGUCAUUUUCUGUUCAUGCUGGAAUAGCCCACACUCGAUGGGCGACACAUGGUGAGCCUGCACCAAGAAAUAGUCAUCCACAGACCUCUGGUCCUGAAAAUGAGUUUGUGGUUGUACAUAAUGGAGUUAUUACUAACUAUCAGGUAUUAAAAGAAACUCUACUUCGACAUGGUUUCACAUUUGAAUCUGAUACUGAUACUGAAGUAAUACCGAAGCUUGCUAAGUAUGUUUUUGACAAAGCAAAUGAAGGAGAAGCAGAGAACACAAUCUCAUUCAGUGAUGUUGUCCUGGAGGUUAUGCGGCAUCUUGAUGGAGCAUAUGCACUUAUUUUUAAAAGCAGACAUUAUCCAAAUGAGUUGAUUGCUUGCAAACGUGGUGGCCCACUGCUUCUUGGUGUCAAAGAACUAACAGAAGAUGUGAUUACUGGAGCAUCAUUUCCUGACUUCAAAAUUUUGAGCAACGGGCAGCCAAAAGAACUUUUUCUUUCAAGUGAUCCUAACGCUCUUGUUGAGCACACGAAGAAGGUUUUGGUCAUUGAGGAUGGUGAAGUAGUUCAUAUAAAGGACGGAGGGGUGACUAUUCUCAAGUUUGACAAUGAGAAAGGAAAGAGUAGUGGCGCUAUAUGCCGCCCUUCUUCUGUGCAACGAGCACUAUCCAUUCUUGAGAUGGAAGUUGAACAAAUUAACAAAGGAAAAUAUAAACAUUAUAUGCAAAAGGAGAUUCAUGAACAACCAGAGUCCUUGAGAACAACAAUGAGGGGAAGGCUUAUUCGUGGAGGUUCUUGCAAAGCCAAAUCUGUCCUGUUGGGUGGAAUCAAAGACCAUCUAAAAACUAUCAGGCGAAGCAGGCGUAUUCUUUUUAUUGGAUGUGGUACAAGUUACAAUGCUGCUCUAGCCGCUAGACCCAUUUUGGAAGAACUUUCUGGGGUUCCUGUUACAAUGGAAAUUGCUAGUGAUUUGGUUGACAGGCAGGGACCUAUAUAUAGGGAAGAUACAGCUGUCUUUGUUAGUCAGUCUGGUGAAACUGCUGAUACCUUGCAAGCUCUGGAAUAUGCUUUAGAAAAUGGGGCUCUGUGUGUUGGUAUAACUAAUACAGUUGGGAGUGCAAUUGCCAGAACCACGCAUUGUGGUGUGCAUAUAAAUGCUGGGGCUGAAAUUGGUGUGGCAAGUACUAAGGCAUACACAAGUCAAAUUGCUGUGAUGGCUAUGUUAGCUCUAGCAAUUGGUGACGAUACUAUCUCUAAUCAAGGCAGAAGAGAAGCCAUAAUCGAUGGUUUAUUUGAACUCCCAAGUCGGGUAAAAGAGGUGCUUCAACUUGACCAUGAUAUGGAGGAACUUGCUCAACAACUAAUUGAUGAGCAAUCACUUCUUGUUUUUGGAAGAGGUUACAACUAUGCAACCGCUUUAGAAGGUGCUUUGAAAGUGAAGGAGGUCUCUCUGAUGCACAGUGAAGGAAUACUUGCUGGUGAAAUGAAACAUGGUCCAUUGGCUCUUGUUGACGAAAACCUUCCUAUCGUCGUGAUUGCUACUCGUGAUGGUUGCUUCAGCAAGCAACAGUCAGUAAUUCAGCAACUUCAUGCUCGUAAAGGGCGUCUAAUUGUGAUGUGUUCAAAAGGUGACGCAGCAUCUGUCUGCCUAGGUGGCUCAUGUCGUGUAAUUGAAGUUCCCCAGGUUUCAGACUGCCUUCAGCCUGUGAUUAACAUAAUUCCAUUACAGCUAUUAGCUUAUCACCUGACAGUAUUGCGAGGCUUCAACGUUGAUCAACCUAGAAAUUUGGCGAAAAGUGUGACGACGCAGUAGUUAGAAUUUGUAGUUUUGUACAGAAAGAGGCUCUGAAAUGUUGUUUGUUCAAUCUCCAGAGUGUUUCCUGACGGUGGCGAUGUAAGUUCUGUUCUGAUGCACUAUUUUAGAUUGAGUGUAAAAUCUGAGUUAUUUUUUGUAAAAAGUUGUCUACACAAUUAAUUCUAAAUCUGAGGUUAAGUAGCUUAAAAUGGUUCUCAGCAAUGUAUACGUGUGUCCUUUUCUGUAUGAGAACUGGAUAACAAUAGUUUCAGCACAAAGUUAAGUUACAGGCGUUUCAACAUCAGUCAGUCGAUUCGAAGAA